CCUCCUCCGUCUCCACCUCCUCCUCCUCCUCCUCUCAUUCCAUACGCCGGAUUAGCAUUUUUCCCCCAAAUCUCUCCACCUCACCAAAACACUCCGAAUGGGAAGAAUAUAUGGCAUGAAGGAGGCGGCGGCAGCGCACCACCGUUCACCGUCUUGCACCGAGAGCGAAGCGCGGCGGAAAACAUGGACUUAAGGAGGCGCAGCAGCGUGUGUGGAGAGCAGAGACAACGGAGCACAAAGCGGAUGGAAGAAAACGCUCGGCUUGUCGCUUAGCGUUCCUGUCGGGCUCCCCCGUUUUUUUUUCUAAACACGACUCAUCAUCUUAAUAUCGCUCCAGACGCACGGAAGGGGAACGCAAGGUGGAGGCUUGAUCCGAGCCUUAUAGCAGACGGCGGACACCAGAAAUAACGCAUCGAUCAGCCUCAUCAGUGCCAUCAUCUCCCGGCUGAAUCAAACAAGAGGAGAAAAAUGAGUGAACAGAGCAUCUGUCAGGCUCGGGCCUCGGUGAUGGUCUACGAUGACGCCAGUAAGAAGUGGGUGCCCAUCAAGCCUGGACAGCAGGGCUUCAGCCGCAUCAACAUCUACCACAACACUGCCAACAACACCUUCAGAGUGGUGGGCGUCAAACUGCAGGACCAGCAGGUGGUGAUAAACUACUCCAUAGUGAAGGGUCUGAAGUACAAUCAGGCCACUCCGACCUUCCAUCAGUGGCGUGACGCUCGGCAGGUCUAUGGGCUGAACUUCGCCAGUAAGGAGGAGGCCACCACCUUCUCCAACGCCAUGCUGUUCGCCCUCAAUGUCCUCAGCUCCCCUGACAGUGGAGGUCCAGUUGUUCAGCGCCAAAAUGGUCCCUCCUCAGAAGAGAGCGAAGCACAAAGGAGGAUGAUGGAGCAACAUCAAAUGCAGGCGCACAAGGAGAGGGAGCGACGAACGUCAGGAUCAGUCGUUUCCACUCUCCAAUAUAAAGUCUCCACCCCUCCCACCCACCCAGACACUCCUCCCGAGUACAGACAGUACAGAGCUAGCACACUGCCACCCUCCUACGUCCGUGUGGCCUCCUCCUCUCCUCCUUCCUCCGUCUCCAUCUCCCCCUCUCAGGAGAAAGAGGUGGGGGCUGCUAGGGACAAGGCCCAGCUCUCCUCCCAGCUCUCCACCUCGCUGGCCUCUGCCUUUUCCCCAGUCCAGGCGGGAGUGACCACCCAGGGCCGACAGGUCCGUCAGAUCCCCCUGUCUCCUCCCACAGCAGCCCGCCACCUUCACCUCCAGCAGCAGCAGCAGCAGCAGCAGGACAUCAUGCUCCCCCCUAAACACGGCACCUGGUCUGCCUCCCACUUGCAAAUGUACGCCCAGUUACCCCCCUCCUCGUCCCCUCCUGUAAUGAUGGCCAUGCCGGUGAAGCAGGGUUUGCCCCCACAGCCGGUGCUCCCGGUGGCUCACCCCCUCCCGCCCGUAAGCACUAGGAUGAAGCCCCCACCCCUUGAUCCUAGUGCUAUGGUGGGCCCUCACCAGUACCCCCAGCACCAGCCCCACCCUCACUCUAACGGCCAGCCCGACGAUUCCUACUCCCCUCAUUCUCAGCAUCUGCCGCUCACGCCACAGUACUGCGAGGCCAUCCCCCUGCCUCCUCUGAUAGGUCAGACAGCCCCAGGCCCCGCCCCCGGCCACCAGCCCCAGUACCCAUCCACCUUCCACCCUCAGCAGCAUCAGCAACAACAACAGCAGCCACAGCAGCAGCAGCAGCAGCAGGUGUACCACCAGCAGGCCCAGCCCCCCACCACCACCUCUUCUUCCUCCUCCUCCUCGCCCCCCUCUUACAAUGACGGGGGUUCGCCCAAGAAGACCCCCUCCCCUGUCCCCCAGCCGGCCUCCAUGGCCAGCAGCAGCCCCCCUGUCUCUGCAGGUCACCCAUCGAUGCUUUCUGUGGCGCCUCCUCCAGCUGUAGCUCCAGCACCCAUGGCCGGUCCGCCGGCCCCACCACCCCCACCGGGACCACCGCCCCCGAUGGCAGUGCCCCCACCCAUGCCCCCUCCACUCCCCACUGGUGGAGGGCCUCCCGGGGGCCCGCCUGGGAUCCAGCACCAACCCUCAGGACUGGCAGCAGCACUGGCUGGAGCCAAACUACGUAAAGUGCAGAGGGAUGAGAGCAGCCCACCGGGUUCUGGUGGGAAAAGUGACUCCAACCGGUCUAGUGGUGGCAGUGGUGGUGGUGGGGAGGGACUGAUGCAGGAGAUGAAUGCCUUACUAGCUCGCAGACGAAAAGCUUCUGAGAAACCGGAUGAAGAUGACUCCAGCGGUCGAGGGCCAGGUCAGCAGAACUCUACAGAUGCUAUGAAGAAGCCAUGGGAACGAUCCAACUCUGCAGAGAAGUCCUCACUGGUGUCCAGAGUGAGACCCAUCGGCAGUGCUAGCGAAUCAGACACAGAGUUUGACAGGAUGAAACAGGAAAUUCUGGAUGAAGUCGUGCGUGAGUUGCAUAAGGUCAAAGAUGAAAUCAUUAAUGCCAUCAGACAAGAAAUCGGCAGAAUCAGUACAUCCUAAUCUCAUCUGAGUGUACAGAUGGAGGAGAAGGAGGAGAGCGACAGGAGGAGCUGGAGGAGGAUGGACAUGCAGAUGCACAGACACGAGGACCAGGGAAUGUUCUCUCAAUGUUUCUGUGACCUCGCGAUGCCAUGAUGCAAGUUGCAGAGAUGUUGUGCCAACAUUUAAGUCUGCUGGACAGCAAAUAAAAAAUAAAAAAAAAAACAGAAGAAAGAGACAGAGAUAAGAGAGCAGGGAUUAAUGAGAAAGACGAACAGAAGGAUGGAUAAAGAAGGAUUGAAGGACUGACAAACUCAAAUGGAGGAUGAGAAAUGAACUAAAAGAUGAAGUGAGGAAAGGACGGACAUUUGUUCUGAGUUCGGUGUUGUGGUCCUCUCUGUGCACCUAGACUCAGUCAGCCCAGUGUUGCAACUCUUUGUUUCUCUGUUCAGUCCAAGUCUUAAGAAGAAAAUAUUUUUGUUUUCUAAGUUUUUACUGUUUUAUUAUUUAAAAACUGUGGUGAUAAUGAUGAUGCUGUUGAUGACAAUGAGUAUUUUAUUGAUAUUAUAGAAGGAGAAAGGAAUCUUGCACACCAUUUAUGUCAGCCUUUUAUAUUUUCUAUUAUUAUUUUUGUUUAGUUUCUCCCUAACUAUUUGAUGAUAACAAGCACAAUAUGGGCAUAAUGGUGCUGCAGACUCACCAGCCCACAGCUGGCAUAUUUAAAAGACUUUUUAUGACCUUGCUCAUACUGGUGUUGUGUGUCUAACCUUUUCUCUCCAGAGAUGAUGAAAAACAUGUUAAUGUUUGAACCGCAAUUAGCCACUUCAAUUACCUCUUUCCUCCAUAUCCAAGGCAUAACACAUUGCAAACGAUUUCUUUUUUAGCAGUGAAUCACACGAAAAGUCUGCUCUACAACUCCAGUGUGACCGAUGUUCCUCUCUUAACUGUUCAGAUGUGUGAGAUCAUUGAAACUUGGGGAUCAUUCACAAAACAGGCCGAUAACUGUAAAUGUGCCACCCGGUUUUACCUAGAUAUAAACCAGUGUAGUAUUAUCUAUUAGUCCUCCUAUGCUUUGUGAACCUCCCAAGUAUGCAUGAAACCCCCCCGUCUCUCUGAAUUAGUUUUCUUUUUUAUUUGGUUUGAAAAAAAAAACAUUAAAAGUAAAUAUAAACGGUG